CCGGUAUCCAGGACGUUGACAGCGAACUCGUCUUAGUGCAGGUUCGGUUUAGCCUUUAGCUUUCCUCAUAGUUUGGUGUCAAGUUUAUAUAAAUAACAUCUAUAAAUGCAGUAGUGAUGGACUGGAAAGAAGGCAGUGGGUGUCACAAUCACAGCCAUGGUAAUGAUUUGCAAAGCAGUCAUGGUGCACAUGUACAUGGAGGCCACUCGCAUGGCUUCAUGCCUAGUUUCCAGUUCCUCCAGAGGAAUGAGGCCAUGUUGGACCCCACUCAGCAGCCAAAGAAAUACACACACAUUGAAGACAGCAGCAGCUGGGAUAUUGUCAAAGCCACACAGUUUGGCGCGUUUGAUCGAUGUAAAGAGCUGGUUGAAGCAGGUUAUGAUGUUCGACAGCCCGAUAAAGAAAAUGUCACUUUACUGCACUGGGCAGCCAUUAAUAACAGAUUAGAUCUCAUCAAAUAUUAUAUAUCUAAAGGUGCUGUUGUGGAUCAGUUGGGUGGUGAUCUAAACUCUACACCACUCCACUGGGCUAUAAGGCAGGGUCACUUGCAGAUGGUUAUCCAACUAAUGCGUUAUGGUGCGGAUCCAUCUCUCAUGGAUGGAGAGGGAUACGGUGGCCUCCAUCUUGCUGUGCUUUUCCAACACAUGCCUAUAGCAGCAUAUCUGAUGGCCAAGGGUCAGGAAGUGGAUACUCCAGAUGCAAAUGGGCAGACCUCACUCAUGUUGGCUGCUCAGAAAAUUAUUGGGCCAGAACCGACAAACUUCCUGCUGCGGUGUAACGCAUCAGUGAAUGCAGUAGAUAAGGUGAACAGGAAUUCGCCACUUCACUGCGCCGUGCUUGCUGGUAAUGUUGAUGCCGUACACAUCCUUCUGGAUUCUGGAGCCAGUGUGGAUUUGCAGAAUUCCAGUGGUCACACACCAAUAGACUUGGCCCACCAGGUGAACAGUCCUCUGCUGAUUCACAUGCUGAAUGUGGUAAAAAUUGAACGGAAAAAAUCAAACACACGCUGCUUGAGAUUCCUCAACAGUUAUCAGGCCUUUUUGCAGUGUGUCUUCAUUGUGUGUGUAAUGUGGGCUGUGGGAGCCAUAUUGGACAUAAGUUCUGAGUCAUGGCUGUUAAAAGGGGUUCUUUUGGCAUGUGUACUUGCUAUAAUGAACCUCACCUGCAGGCGGGUAGCAAGUGUCAAAGUUCAGAGCCUGGUUCCCUCCACCACUCUUAUUUCCUCAAUAUUUUUGAUGUUUGUCACCUGGUGCCUGUGGUUCCUGCCAGAUGGUUCCAGUACUGCAGUCCAGAUGAUGUUUCCCCUGACAGUUUUGGCUCUGGUCUAUUAUUACCUGCGCACAUACAGAACUGACCCUGGAGUUAUUAGGGUAACCGAGGAGGAGAAGAAGAAGAAUAUUGUAGUUCUGGCAGAGGCAGGAUGCCUUGACCCUAGGAUUUUCUGCACUUCGUGUAUGAUGAGAAAACCAAUGAGAGCCCAUCACUGUUUUUCCUGUAAUUCCUGUAUUGCCAAGCAGGACCAUCACUCUGUCUGGAUCAACGGCUGUAUAGGUGCCAGGAAUCAUCAUUUCUUUGUUCUUUUUCUUGUGGCACUAAACCUCCUGUGUGGCUUGAUGCUGUACCACAGUAUUAUCUACUGGUCGCGGAGGUGUGUAAGCAGGUUUUCAGAUGGGGUAUGGGAAGCAGUUAUUGAGCUGUUUACCUGCUCACCCUGGAUCACUUAUAUUUGCAUCAUCACCCUGUUCCACACUGCCUGGGCCUCGGUCACCCUCACACAGCAAAUUUAUCAGAUUGCAUUUCUUGGACUGACUACUGCAGAAAAAUCGAGUUUGCUGCAUGGAAAUAGGAAACUGCCUCACCCGUACUCUCUCAGGCAGAACCCAUUCAAUCGUGGCGUGCUGAAGAACCUGGUGAACUUCUUCCAAAUACGCUGCUGUGGUUUGUGCAAGCCACUUGUAUUGGACUGGACUCAGGAGCUUCCUAUGUCUUUAAACCGAGACCAUCAGAUGUUUGGCAGCCCUGAUGCUGUCUGAGAUGACCAUUUCAAUUUCAUUAUAUAUGCAUAGGCCAGAUCACUUAUUACUAGCACAAUUUUUUCAUAAUCUUCCUUGACAAAUUGACCAAAAAUAUGUCGGGCAUGUGCCAUUAUUUAACUGUAGAGUGCCUUGCAUAAGUAUUCAUCCCCCUUUAAACUUUUACACAUUUUCGAUUAUUGGAUAUAUUUGGGGUUUUAUAUAUUAAAACAAACAGCCCAUAAUAUUAGUGUCAGGAAGAAUUUAUAUGUUACUAUAUUAUAGUAUAUUGUGAAAUAAUUAUUAUAAAAAAAAAAAUCUGAUUGCAAACGUACUCCGCCCCAUUGUUUUAAAACUCCCAAGUGUAAGCAGUCAGAAUUAACAUAAUUAUGAAAAUGGGCAUGUGAGGAAACAGCGUACCAUUUUUGUCAACUUUCACUCCGAGCCUUAAUCGUGACUAUCUGUGAAACUCUUUAUGCAGAACAGGGUUGGGCUUUUCACAGAUUGUUAUGCUGCAUGGAAAAUGUUAGUGUUGAAGUGAAAGCACAAGUUUAGCGUUACUGGAAGUUGUUAGUGGAUGGAAGUCAGGUGGAUUAGGAGGGUGGUAGCUUAGCGGUUAAGGCAUUCGACUUCAGCUCCGAAGGACACGAGUUCAAAUCACAGCCACACCAAGUUGCCACUUUUGGGCCCCUGAGCAAGGCCCUUAACAAAUGUGAUAAUUGUAAGUCGCUCUGGAUAAGGCCGUCUGCCAAAAUGCUCACAUUUAUUCUCACAUUUUCUCCCCUUCUUUAAUAAUUAAAUACACACACACACCUUUUCCUGGAAUGGAAUUUUUUAGAGAACAAGCAUCAUCAUGGAAACAAACGGGGCUAUCAAACCAUUUUUUGGGCCAAGAGGAAGUUGUUAACUAAAACCCAAAGACUGGGUAAAAGGAUUAUUCAGAAACGCACAGCAUCCUGCCUCACUGUGGAGAUUGGAUUCUAAGGAAAAAGUGCAGUAGUGUGUGGUUCCAUUUAAAAAGUGGUUUAUUAUAACUUUUUUCUUUAAAAGUUUGUUUUCUACCAACUUGACUUUUGUGACAAAUACAAUAUAUAUCAUCUGACACGUUUCAAAGUA